GAAGACUGGAGCCCGCCUGGCAUUUCUCGGCAGCUUCUGUGCGCGGAGGGUGUUGGGUGAACGGCAGGGCGAACCGUGGCUGGAAUCUUUCCCCAGGAAGAGAGCGAGUCACAGCCGAGGACUCCAGUGCAGAGGUGAGUGGCGAGCGGCGGCGGCGCGGACUCCCCGGAGCCCGGCUCCGCGCCUCUGCUCCCGGAGCUGCUGCCCGACCGGCUGCGGGGCGCAGGGACAGCUGUCGCGCCCGGACCCCGCCCGCGGACCCCUCCCGCCCCGAGAGGCUGCGCCCAGCCAUGGAGGGCGCAGAGCUGGCCGGGAAGAUCCUUUCCACCUGGCUGACGCUGGUGCUCGGCCUCAUCCUCCUGCCCUCGGCCUUCGGGGUGUCUCUGGGCAUCUCCGAGAUCUACAUGAAGAUCUUGGUGAGAACUUUAGAGUGGGCCACAAUACGAAUUGAAAAAGGAGUCCCAAAGGAGUCGGUUCUUAAAAACUCCGCUUCUGUUGGUAUUAUCCAAAGAGAUGAGUCACCCAUGGAGAAAGGGCUCUCUGGUCUGCGAGGAAGGGACUUUGAGCUGUCUGAUGUGUUUUAUUUCUCCAAGAAGGGCUUGGAAGCCAUUGUAGAAGAUGAAGUGACCCAGAGGUUCUCCUCAGAGGAGCUAGUGUCAUGGAAUCUCCUCACAAGAACCAAUAUAAAUUUCCAGUACAUCAGUCUGCGGCUCACCAUGGUGUGGGUACUGGGCGUCAUAGUACGCUACUGUGUCCUUCUGCCCCUGAGGGUUACUUUGGCUUUCAUUGGGAUCAGUUUGUUGGUUAUAGGAACUACACUGGUCGGACAGCUGCCGGAUGGCAGCCUCAAAAACUGGCUAAGUGAACUGGUCCACCUGACAUGCUGUCGGAUCUGUGUGCGAGCCCUCUCUGGCACCAUUCAUUAUCAUAACAAGCAGUACAGACCCCAGAAGGGAGGCAUCUGUGUUGCCAAUCAUACUUCCCCAAUAGAUGUUUUGAUCUUGACAACGGAUGGAUGCUAUGCUAUGGUUGGCCAGGUUCAUGGUGGGUUGAUGGGAGUUAUUCAGAGAGCUAUGGUCAAGGCUUGUCCACAUGUCUGGUUUGAACGCUCAGAAAUGAAGGAUCGACACUUGGUCACUAAGAGACUAAAAGAACACAUUGCUGAUAAGAAAAAACUACCCAUACUAAUCUUUCCUGAAGGGACUUGCAUCAACAACACUUCAGUCAUGAUGUUUAAAAAGGGAAGCUUUGAAAUUGGAGGGACCAUACAUCCAGUUGCAAUUAAGUAUAAUCCUCAGUUUGGGGAUGCAUUUUGGAACAGUAGUAAAUACAACAUGGUGAGCUACCUGCUUCGAAUGAUGACCAGCUGGGCAAUCGUCUGUGACGUGUGGUACAUGCCCCCCAUGACCAGAGAGGAAGGAGAAGAUGCCGUCCAGUUUGCCAACAGGGUUAAGUCUGCUAUUGCUGUGCAAGGAGGAUUGACUGAGCUUCCCUGGGAUGGAGGGCUGAAGAGAGCAAAGGUGAAGGAUACCUUUAAAGAAGAGCAGCAGAAGAAUUACAGCAAGAUGAUUGUAGGCAAUGGAUCUCUUUGAAUUGGACUGAAAGCUACCCUGGUGAUAAAAUCUGGCUUCCAGGAACUAGGCCCUAAAAAUGGAAUGUGUUGGGGUUUUUUGGUGGGGGAGUGGACUAUUGUUUUGUAAACUGUUUUGUUGUUGAUCUUUUCUACAGGAUGGAUCGUCUCUACUUCUUUAUGCCAGAGGCAGAACCCAUCACGGGCCCUUUUUUGGCUUUUGUUGUUAUAGCAUUAGCUUCCUGAAUUGUAAGGUAGUUUACUGAGUUUAAACAGAUUCUGCCUUUUGUAAAAUGAUGAUGUCAUUGUUGAUUGAAUGAAAUACUUAUGAGGGGGUGGAAAGUUCUUCUACAACACAUUUGGAACUCACUGUGUUUAGGACUUUGUUGAUAUGGUAAUUCUCAAAAAACCCCAGGCUCUUUUCAUGAUUAACUUUCUCACUGCUCCCUCUCCCCCUUCAAUCACUUAAACAGCAGGAUUAAGCAUCUGUUCAAGGUUACCACUGCACUUAUGCUCUACCGCAAGGUCGGGGCGGGGGACAUGAAGGAUGGUAUUUAGGAGAAAAGAAGGAAUUUGUGGCCACUUGAUCUGAAAGUUGAAAGCAAGUAUAAAUAUUUUUUUUUACUAGUGUGUUAGAAGAGAACUACUAUUUGGUAAACUUUACCAAAGAAAAGUGAGUGCAGGUUUCUGUGUGUGUGCACUUUUAUGUAGGCGAAUUUUGAAUGAACACUCUAGCUGGCAAUUGGUGAUAAAGUUUUAAGUUUUCCUUGUUUGUACACUAAAGAUUUAUAUCCAGUGCCUCUCCUAUCUACUGAUUUGAUUUUGUACUGAAACGUAUUUUCAAACAGGAGAGCCUUUAACAACAACAAAAAAAAUCACAGUGUCUUCAGCGGGAGUAUGAAUGAGCCAGGUGUGUGUGCUGCCCCUCACCCUCCACCCCUUUGAGGUUUAUUUCAGAAUGUCCCCAGUUUCUUAAACAGAAAAAUAAGUGGUAAAAUUACCUUUUGGAAACUGAGCCUUAAAUUUUUUAAAGGGAGAAAUAAGUGUUUCCCAACUCACACAGCAUAAGCAAUGUUUGAUAGCAAUAUAACGCCAUAUUAAACUCUGAGAGUGUUAUAUCUCUUCUGGUAACCAUGUACAAAAUGUGAAACUGUCUUACCGUGAAUAUAAAUAAAUUCUAUAUUUCUAAA